CCCUUUUACUAUUCCAGAUAGCUAUUUGAAAGUAUAUAUACAAUUUUGAAUCCUGAGUUUUUCAAUUAGAAUUAUAUAAAAGGCAUUUUCAAUGUCAGAGAAAUCUCUUCACAAGCUUCACCUUAAUGACUGCAUAAUAUUCCAUAAUAUGAAUGUAUAAUUUACCUAAACCUCUAAUGUUGGCUAUUAAAAUUAUUUUCAUUAUUUUAUUAUGAUGUGAUAAACAGCUCUAUUUGUGAAUAUAUUUCUGAAAUUUAUAGUAUUUACAUAUACUCCUAGAAGUGAAUUUAAAAAUUGGGAUAAGGUAAGUUUUAGGGGUAGCAGAUGAUAUGACGCCUAGGAGACUCAAGAACUCAUAAUACUACUCUAGGCCCGGUCAUUCCUCCCUUUAGAGUUCUAUAAAGCAAACCAGAAAUAAUGGAAAAUGAGGUACCUCUUUUAUAAAUUGGGCUAGUCCCUAAUGCCCCUCAAGUUCAGAGCUCUGAUAAGACUGGACUGAGGUACAUGGCCUAGCCUAAAGUCCUUCAAGGGCCUCAACCUGCCCAACAGCUUAAAUUCACAUUUUAUCAUCAUAUUACUUUCUGCCUGACGAAACGCUACAAAAUAACAAAGUGAUGACAAGUGCAACUAGGCAUGAUUCAAGACCAAGAGAAGGAAGUAAAUAAAGUUCUUAACGGGAACCUCGUUCAACUUACCAGUCAUGUCCCAUGAAGAAGAAAGGGAAUAGAAACGUGUGACUUUUUAAAGCACAGAGACACUACCCACUAGCAAACAUGAACCAAUCAAUGUUACAAAUCAGAUUCUAUAGGAUCUGAUGUUCUUUUUGUUUAUGCCAAACAGGUAAACAGGAAUAAACAUAAAUGGGAGAAGAAAAUCAAACCUUUGUGGCUGAAUUUAUCUUCCUGGGCCUUUCACAGGACUUGCAGACCCAAAUCCUGCUAUUUAUCCUUUUUCUCAUUGUUUAUCUAUUGACUGUGCUUGGAAACCAGCUCAUCAUCAUUUUCAUCCAUAUGGAUUCUCGACUUCAACCCUCGUACUUUUUUCUUAGCAAUCUCUCUUUUGCAGAUCUCUGUUUCUCUACUAGCACUGUCCCUCAAAUGUUGAUCCACCUCCUGGUAAAGAAAAAGACCAUUUCUUUUUUUGGGUGUAUGACACAGAUAAUUGUCUUCCUUCUGGUUGGGUGUACAGAGUGUGCACUACUGGCAGUGAUGUCCUAUGACCGGUAUGUAGCUGUCUGCAAGCCUCUGCACUACUCCACCAUCAUGACUCAGGAGGUGUGUCUCCAGUUGGCCAUUGGGUCCUGGGCUAGUGGAGCUCUAGAGUCUCUGGUGGAUACCACUUUUACUUUCCAUCUUCCCUAUCAGGGACAGAACAUAAUCAAUCACUAUUUUUGUGAACCUCCUGCCCUUUUGAAGCUGGCUUCCGCAGACACUUACAGCACAGAAAUGGCCAUCUUUGCAAUGGGUGUGGUAAUCCUUCUAGCUCCUGUCUCCCUUAUCCUUGUCUCUUACUGGAAUAUUAUUUCCACUGUACUCCAGAUGCAGUCUGGAGAGGGGAGACUCAAGGCUUUCUCUACAUGUGGCUCCCACCUCAUUGUUGUUGUCCUUUUCUACGGAUCAGGAAUAUUUACCUACAUGCAACCAAACUCCAAGACCACAAAAGAGUGGGAUAAGACGAUAUCUGUGUUCUAUACGGUGGUAACUCCAAUGCUGAAUCCCAUAAUUUACAGCCUGAGGAACAAGGAUGUCAAAGGGGCUCUCAGAAAAUUAGCUGGAAAAAAGCCUUUUUCUCAGAGGUGAUGACCUCUGGGUCUGACUUUUAGAUAUAUGGUAACAUCCUUAAAUGAGGAAUAGGAUUUCUCUAGGCAGUUAUGAAUUGGGUCAUUUCAAGAAGCAGCAGAAAAAUGAAAGAGAUGUUCUAGAAACUGAAACCUUCACUCUAACUGGAACCUAAAGAAGAAGUAAACAUGAAAUGUUACAUUAUUUCUGAUUAUGAAAGGUCUCAAGUAUUAACUUGAGGAGUUUUUGGUUAAUACAGCUGCCACGGUGCUAUGCAUUUAAUUAUGUCCCCCAAAAAUACAUGUUGAAGUCUUAACCCUAAACCUAUGAAUGUGAUCCUUCUUGGAAAUAAGUUUUUAUUGUUAUGUUAAUGAGGUCAUACUGAAGUAAGGUGUCCUACACCUAAUCCUUCUGAGUGAGUACAGACACAGAGAGACAGACACUUAGCGGGAGACGCUAUGUGAUGACGGAGGCCGAUGCAGCUGUAAGCAGCAAAGAAAUGCCAAAGAUUGCCAGCAGUCACCAGAA